AUGCUCCACAUGAACAACACCAACAGCACGAUCGACCCGGUCGUGAAGGACACGGCCAGCCUCAAGCGGCGCUGGUUCGACGACGACGACGAGUGCGACGAGUCGCCGGCGCUCGCACUGCGCCACGACCUCGACGCCAUCACGCGCCUCAUGGCCAUGAUCACCGAGCUCGACAGCCUCCGGAAGCGGCGGCGCGAGUGCUAA